CACACAAAGACAACUCAUGCAACAGAGGCAUCCUUAGGCAGAGUGUCUUGAAAACAGUUGGAGAAGUAGAGUUUUGUAUACAGGCUCCACCAAAGUAAAUCCAAACUAUGUGAACCUUAUAAGGACAGCUGAAGACUUAAGAAUAUAAAAGCGGGAACUCACAGGCUCACUAAAUGUGUCUUUUAAAUGCCACGCUGACCUCUAAGAACUGAAGCCGAACUGAAGUAAGAUGGCCUCGGAAAGAGCGUCGACCCCUCAGAGCAGCUCCAAACAGAGCAGCUCACUCUCCUCUUCACCGAUGAGCAGCCGUAUGCAGACGCUACAGGUGGACUCGGUCCAGCGGUGGAUGGAGGACCUCCGCCACAUGACAGAGGUGGAGUGCAUGUGUGUCCUUCAGGCCAAACCAAUCGGAGUGGAGGAGGAUUCCCACCAGGGAGAGCUUAUAGUGACCUCUGGGAUCACAGCAGGGGACCAUGUAGCCAGGAACAACCUGCAGACUCUCCUUCGCCGUGCGUUGGUGGUCAGCACAGAGCUGGGAAAGAUGUUCCAGCGACUAGAGAAAGGCCGCUGGCAGAGGGUCCACAGCACAGCUGUACGUGCAAAUUGCCACGUUCGUUCAUUGGUACAUGAGUACAGCGCUGCUCGGAACACUCCUCCUGAGAUGCAGAAGUAUGAGAAAUCCCUCCUGGAAAAGUGCAUGGAGCUAACUAACAUCACAGAGAGGUGCCUGCACACAGAUGAUGAAUUCUUCCUUAAGUCCAUGAGGGAAGCGAUCCAUGAGAUCCUUACAGAUGUCAGUGAUUCCUUCAGCAACAUGAUUGACAUGGCGUUAGCCAAUGAGAUCCGGGUGCUGAUCAAACAGAUUGAGUCAUCAGACUGCAUCCAGACUAUUGGCAGUGCCAUUAGCAACCUGCUGUCACUCACCCAGGAUGGACCCCAGCUCUGUAGCAUCAUUGCUAAGGAAGGUGCUGUGGUGGCCCUGUUUAAGAUCUGCAGACAGGACCGCUUCAGGGACCUGUAUGCUCACGCUCUGAGAACGGUGGCCUCCAUCUGCUGCGUGGAAGAGGGCAUUAACCAGUUGGACAAGGUGGAUGGGAUCCUAUGCCUGGCAGACAUCUUGACUGACGACAGCAGCGUUGAAGCAGCCAGGGCAGAGGCUGCGGCAGUCGUGGCUCAGAUCACCUCACCCCACCACACCUCCACUCAGCACCUUGCCAGCUUCCUGGAGAGCAUGCAUGACAUCGUCACAGCUCUCAUCAAGCUGUGUGAGAGUGCCUCCUGUGGUGAAGUGUUCCUCCUGGCUUCUGCAGCCUUGGCCAACAUCACUUUUUUCGACAGCAUGGCCUGUGAGAUUCUCCUGCAGCUAAACGCCAUCCACAUCCUGCUGCAGGCAUGCAAGGACCGCCAAAGAGUCGACACACCCUACUCCAAGGACCAGGUGGUGACAAUUUUGGCAAAUCUUUCUGUUUUGGAGGCGUGUGCUUCAGAUGUCCUGCAAGAGCAAGGAAUAGAGAGACUGCUCCUGCUGUUGGGGGAGAAACCAUCCUCCUCUAAUCCCUCAGAGGUGGCUGCCUGUGAGCGGGUGCAGCAGAAAGCUGCAGUCACACUGGCCCGUCUGAGCAGAGACCCAGACCUGGCUCAGACUGCCAUCCAGCUUAAAGCUGUCCCUCGUCUCAUUGAGCUGUGCCGAUCCCCCACUGAGAGAAAUAACAGUGACUCUGUUCUGGUCGCCUGCCUGGCUGCUUUGAGGAGGCUGGCAGCAGGUUGUCCAGACAGCAUCGAGGCGGCAGACCACCAGCAGCUAAUCAAACCGCGGCUAGUCGACUCUUUCCUGCUGUGCUCCAACAUGGAGGAGAGCUUCGUAUGAUGACCUGCACAUUCAAACACUGAGAGAAGAACUCUCAGACAUAUCAGCCGUACUCAGACACAAAAAGGAAUUUUGUUUGCCUUUCCAUCCGUCCAAAGAACACGUUGGAAAUUUGAUCCUGGAUUUGGCUGCAUGGAGUCGAACUGAACAAUGAAUAAAUGCAGAAGACAUAACUAUAUGCAUGCAUACAGAUGAAUGUAAGGCUGAAUACACCAAGAGUCAUUGUAAAUAUAGUAGCUAUUUAAAGUGCAUAAGAUUAAAAUUAGCUUUUUAAAUAAUUUUAUUUCACAGGAAAUUUUUAUGCUAAAUGUGUGUUUCUUUGUGUAGGUUUUACCAAGUUUCUUUCAAAGCAAAGGAAGGAUUUGGUCUCAUUGCUAUCAGUGUGUUGUUUUUUCUACCUUUCCUAACAGGUCACAUCAUUUAUGUGUAUAUUUAAAACAGAGUCAGUUAGUAUCUGGUGAUUGUCUUAUUGAGAAAUACACUGGCAACAUCACCUUACUUCCCUGAACUCUAUGCCAUUAAAAGUCAAAUAUUACAGCUGCAACUGCAAAAUAAGAAAUUGCUUUUUAUUUAUACAGAUUUACCAUUGUAGUAUAUAAUGCAUUUAAUAAAGACUUUAUUGUCAU